AUGAGUCAAAUCAUCUUCAAAGCUCCAACUGUGCUGAGCCGCCCCUAUCAAAUCCGGUCUCCUUGCACCCGGUUUGAAAAGCUCACAAGCCAUCCGACGUCCAUCCGUCCAUCACGAGAUGAGAUCAAGCACGAACGCCUUUCCCAUCAGAACCUGGAGGUUGCAGUGCGCAGCCUCCAUCAGGAUGGACUUGUGGUUAUUGAAAAUGUCAUCCCUCAUGACUGCCUCGACCGACUUAACAAAAAGAUGAUUGAAGAUGCCUACUCUCUUCAGUCUAGGAAAGGAGACAGUCCAUUUAACUACAACCCCGGAAAUAUCCAGCAAGAUGCUCCUCCAGUACGGGAGUACUUCGAGCCCAGUAUCUUCCUGAAUCCGAUUGCCAUUCAAAUCACCUCGACAGCACUAGGCCCCCGCCCGAAGUGGACAUUUUGCUCGGGAAAUACCGCAAUGCCUCCAACUGCAGAGAACCCUCCGACAUCUCAACCUGUCCAUUCAGACGCAGAUUUCAAUCAUCCAAUUCAUCCUUUUGCAUAUGUCAUCAAUGUUCCCCUCACCACCAUGACCCCGGAUAAUGGCUCCACUGAGGUAUGGCUGGGAACACAUACUGACGCGGGUCUCCAUGUCCAAGAAGGACUGCACGGGGAGCGUGCUAGUGGUCGAAUAAAGCUCGAUGAGCUAGAGAAGCGCCGUUUGGACCGCCCGCCAUGUCAACCAGUGGUGCCUAAGGGGUCCAUUGUCGUUAGAGACCUUCGACUCUGGCAUGCUGGAGUUGGUAACCAGAGCAAGGAACCUAGAGUCAUGUUGGCAAUGAUCCACUUCGCUCCGUGGUAUAGAAACCCUAUGAAACUUGAACUUGCGGAUGACCUGAAGCCUUUAAUUGAAGGCCAGACCGAGCUGGAGGUUCCUGUGGACUGGGUGAGCAAGCCGAAAGCACUUUCCCGCUAUCUGAAUCGUGGCUUUAGAAAUGCCUACGACUUCAACCAGCACCCUUGA